AUGGCUACUGCGAAAAAAAUCAAGCUUGAUGUCCGAUCAUUUCAGUCGUCAUGGACAAAUGACUUUGGAUUUAUUCAGCAGAAUGACCGUGCUGUGUGUGCUCUCUGCUGCGAGAAUGUCGUAUGCCGCACAUCAAGUGUUAAAAGACAUUUCGAAACAAAGCACGAAAAGACUUUCAAGGAUAGUGCUGACAAAGCUGAGGCGAUCAAGAAAGCAGUAUCCCGCUAUGGAAAACAGAGUAAUGUGUUUAAAAACUUGAGUGCUAGCAAAAGUAAUGAAACUGAGGCCAGUUACAAACUAGCUCUGUGUAUUGCUAAGCAUGGAAAGCCUUUUACUGAUGGAGAUUUUAUAAAAGCAGCUUUCCUAGAGUGCUCUGAAGUAUUAUUCGAUGGAAUAACAAACAAACACGUGAUUAUCUCAAGGAUAAAAGACAUGCCUGUCUCAGCUAGGACCGUGGAGAGACGUAUUUCUGAAAUGGCUGAUAAUGUAACCCAGCAGCAAACGGUUGCUUUAACAAUUACACCUGUGUUCAGUGUUGCCCUGGACGAAAGCGUGGAUAUAAAUGACAUUCCCCGCUUGGCUGUUUUUGCCAGGUAUAGUGACACAGAGGUACACGAGGAACUGUGCUGUCUUAAACCUAUGUAUGGAACCACCAAGGGAGAAGACAUACUGAAGGCAUUCACCGACCAUUUUGAGAACAGAGGGGUAGACAUAGGGGAAAGAUUUUUGCAAUUACAACGGAUGGUGUUAAGUUGUGGGAAGGUAUUGGAGAGAUUUGUGGGAUGCUUUGAUGAAAUCAAGGUUUUCUUAUCAGAAAAAGAAGACUAUCCUGAGUUGGAAGACGGAGAUUGGAUUGUGAAACUUAUGUUUCUCUCAGACAUCACCAAACAUCUAAAUGAGUUCAAUCUUCUCCUGCAAGGUGCAGGAAAAACGGUAUUGGAUUUGUACGAUAAUUGGAAAGCAUUUGUUGCAAAGCUUGCAAUCUACUCAACAGAUGUGGAAACCGGCUCUUUCCGUUAUUUCAAAAAUCUGAAAAACUUAUCUUCAAUGCAUCCAGUCAACACUUCUGAUCUACAACUGUACAUGCAAGAAUUAAAGUCAGAAUUCUCAAUCAGGUUUCAAGAUUUUCAACACAUGGGCCCAGUGUUUUCAUUUUUAAUCAGACCGGACACCUUUAAAUACAGUGACUUGGACACGACUCUCUUUGAGUGGAUGGAAACUGAGGAAUUAGAAAUGCAGUUAAUCGACUUUCAGGCCUCAACAUUGUGGUCAGCUAAAUUCAAAGAUCUUCGAGAAAUACUGGAAAGCAGUAAGAAUGAUCAUGCAACAUCCAUCUUAAGGUCUUGGGCAUCACUACCUGAUAAAUUCAAUUGCAUGAAGAAAGUAGCUUUUGCACUGCUAUCAGCGUAUGGAUCCACAUAUCAAUGUGAGCAGAUAUUUUCACAAAUGAAGCACAUCCUCAGCCCUCAUCGCAGCAGGCUUACAACGGAUCACUCUGAGGGUUGCGUGAAACUCAAGGUGUCGAAAUAUUCACCUGAAAUUUCAACUUUGGUCAAAGGGAAGCAAGAAGGGCAAGGAUCGCAUUAA